ACGGCACGCGUCGAGGAGCCUCUGCGCUGGAUCCGCCACGGCUUUCGCUUCGGGCGCCCAUCGAGCCGCCGCCACCGUGUCCCCCGCGCCCCGCCUUUGCUACCCCAAACUUUGGCUAGCGCCGCCCAGGCUCGAUACCAGGGACCAGCCAGGGUCGCCAGGUCCCGCGUGUCGCCGCCGGGUCGGGCGCUGAGAGUGCGAGGUGGGGCACCGCGCUCAGUGCACAUCCCUCGUGUCCGGAGAGCUCCGGGUCAAGAACGGUUGACACUGACCCUCCUUCUUUAAGGAGCCAGAACAUUUCAAGAUGAAUUAUACCGAGUCCAGCCCAUUGGCAGAAUCAACUUCAAUGGGUUUUAAACCUGAGUUAGAAAGUAUUAUACCUGUGCCUUCCAAUGAGACCACUUGUGAAAACUGGAGAGAGAUACAUCAUCUAGUUUUUCAUGUAGCAAAUAUUUUUUUUGCAAUUGGGUUAGUUAUUCCCACUACUCUUCACCUCCAUAUGAUACUUCUUAGGGGGAUGUUAACCAUAGGAUGUACCCUUUAUAUCAUCUGGGCCACUCUCUACCGAUGUGCCUUGGAUAUCAUGAUCUGGAACUCUGUGUUCCUCGGUGUCAACAUUUUGCAUCUUUCAUAUCUUUUGUACAAGAAAAGACCGGUAAAGAUUGAAAAGGAACUCAAUGGUGUCUACCGGCGAUUGUUUGAACCACUCCGUGUGCCUCCAGAUUUGUUCAGAAGGUUAACUGGACAGUUUUGCAUGAUCCAAACCUUAAAAAAGGGCCAGACUUAUGCUGCAGAGGAUAAAACCUCAGUUGACGACCGUCUGAGUAUUCUCCUGAAGGGAAAAAUGAAGGUCUCCUAUCGAGGACAUUUUCUGCAUAACAUUUACCCCUGUGCCUUUAUAGAUUCUCCUGAAUUUAGAUCAACUCAGAUGCACAAAGGUGAAAAAUUCCAGGUCACCAUCAUUGCAGAUGAUAACUGCAAAUUUUUAUGCUGGUCAAGAGAAAGAUUAACUUACUUUCUGGAAUCAGAACCUUUCCUAUAUGAAAUAUUUAGGUAUCUUAUAGGAAAAGAUAUUACAAAUAAGCUCUACUCGUUGAAUGAUCCCACCUUAAAUGAUAAAAAGGCCAAGAAGUUGGAACACCAGCUCAGCCUUUGCACGCAGAUCUCCAUGCUGGAAAUGAGGAACAGUAUAGCCAGCUCUAGUGACAGCGAAGACGGCUUACACCAGUUUCUUCGGAGCACCUCUAGCAUGUCCUCUCUUCAUGUGUCAUCCCCACACCAGCGAGCCUCUGCCAAGAUGAAACCAAUAGAAGAAGGGGUGGAAGAUGAUGAUGAGGUCUUUGAACCCAUGUCUUCAAAAACAUUUAAAGUCCAUCAGUUGCCUUGAUCACAGAGAAGAGUCCAGUUCCCAAGAUGAAAAUUGUCUUGAAGAGAUCCUGAAAAAUACCAGCACUUUUUCACUGCUUUUAGAUUAGUCUGCUUUAGAACAUCCAGACUGGUACAGUCUGAGGACCAGAAAGUGAGGAAGAUUAAAAAAUAGGAAGGUUAUUUUAGCUUUCCUUCUUAUUAGCCAGCUUUUUAAGUAGUUGUUUUCCUGAGCCUUCUGACUAAACCUAGUUCUAUUUUGAGAUAUUUAUUUUCACAGUAUUAUCUAGAUACACUAUCAUUUUAACUUUAAGAAGUCUUAGCGUUGUGUCAAUGCAAAUGCCUUUUUACUUAUUUUUCCAAGUUGUAGUUCAUCUUCCUUACAGACAGUUUUUUCUCUAAAUGGUAAUGGCGCUGUCCAUUUGAUAGUUUUAACAGAUAACAUUAAGUUUGAAUUUGAAGUUGAAGUAACAUUAAAAAGCAGGGAAUCUCA